AACUCGCAGAUAUCGAUCUUGAUAUCGAUGUGGUUGCCAUUGCAUCGAUAUUAUUAAUUUCGUUAAUACACACGUUGUAAACAUCAAGCAAGUAGUAGACGUUAUUUUCCUUUUCCUCAACGUAUAUUCUCGCAUAAUCAAACACAGAUAGGCUCUGCUAACAAGGUUAUGGGCCCAGAGCAAAGACGUAGACCACCAAAAAGUGAGAAAAAUAUAGACUAUCAAGUAAGAGAGUAUACAUAACCUAGUACCUCGUGGAAACUUCUCGAAGCGUGAACAAAUUUUAACACAGAGGAAGUAAAUAAGUAGAAUGGCUUCAUCAUCAUCGCAAAUUGUCGAUCGCAUCGAUAAGCUAAAUGGUGCAAAUUAUCGGGCAUGGAAAUCUAAUAUGAAGAUGACGUUAAUACAACGAGAGUUGUGGAAGCAUAUAACCGGCGAAGCUGUUCUGCCGGCCGAACCCACACCGGAAGAAGAAGAGCGCUUUAAGAAUAAAGAAAAUAAAGCCCUAGCAACAAUUGCUCUCGGCGUGGAACCGGAACACCAAAUCCAUAUACCGGACUGCGACAAGGCGUCUGAUGCAUGGGAAGCAUUACAAAGGAUAUUUGAACCGAAGUCACGAGCAAGAAUCCUACAAUUGAAGAAGCAGAUGCUAUCAAUAAAAUUAGAACCCAACGAGACAAUGAAUUCAUACUUGGCAAGGCUGAAGACGUGUAGCGACAGCUUAAAAGAGGUCUCCCAGAUACAUAUGAUGGAAUGGUAAUGGCCCUGGCAAAUUUGGAUGAUGAAAAAUUCAAAUCAACCGAAAUUAAAGAGAUACUGAUGAAUGAGUACGAACGUCGAAUCCUAAAA